AUGGGUCCCAAAAAAAAUAAAUCGCAAUUAUCGCAAGUUAGUUAUGUUAGCCCAAACAAAAGGGCAAGAAAAGAAAACAAGGACAACUAUCUAUAUAUUUGUUUAAGAGAUAGUGGACUUACGCUGAAAGACCCCCCAGAAAAAAAUUGCGCUUCUCGUGAGUCAAUUCAAAUAAUAAGAAACAUUAAAAAGAAUUUAGAAAGUCAUUUCGAUUACCCUCGAAACGUUGGAGAACUAUUUGAAAAUUUGCAGAUAAGAUGUCAGGAUAUGGAUAUUUUCAAACAUUAUCUUUUCCCAAAUAUCGUAUUCAGAAUAAAGGACAAUUCUGAAGAACAACCCAGUAAUGACAGUGUCAUCAAAAUAUUACUGAGUGUUCCUAUUUUACAACCUAAACUAUGUGAUUAUAUAUUUGAGAAAGCAACUGAUCAAGCAACUCAAUCAAGCUUAGAGCAAUGGAUACAAAUAAUAUUAAAAUGCUUUUCAAGUCUGGACCACAUAGUAGACAGUGAAAAAAUGGCUAUGAACUUAAUUAACCUUUUGGAAAUAACAUCUGAAAAGAUGGUUCGAUUAAAAAUAAUUACAGCAAUACCUGAUAUAAUUGGAGAUCAACAACAUAAUAAUAUAGCAAUGGAAAUCAGCAGAAUAUUAAAUGAAGAUCAUGACCUUAUUCCUGCCAUAUUAGAUUGCUUGAUAUAUCUAAACCUCUCAGAUGAAGAGCAAGAUCAUUUACAAAAACAAUCCCUUAAUAUUCUGAAGAGUCUGACAAAGUGUAAUUACUUCCCUAAUUUUAUAAAAUUUCUAUUAAUGCCUAGCAGGUUGAAUGAAAAUGGAUGCUUGGCAGCAAUAGAUGGCUUGAGAAAAGCUUUGGGAUGGUCAACAUUAACUAUGAGUAGUGAAGAUAUUGCAUCUAGUCAAGUUCUUACUGCUGCUGCUAUCAGGAGCACUAUGAUCGCUUCGAAGCUGGUGGCAAAUACUUGGUUAAAGGUUAUUUCUCAAUGCAAAACUAGUAUUGAACAUAAGUCUAUAGACUUCAUAAUUCUUUUGAUUUUAUAUUCUACAUCUGAAGAUAGGCAGAAGCAAGUUGAAAGUUUAAUAAAAAAACACGUGAAAUCUGAUGUUUUAAGAAAUGACUUAGUGGAUGAAGUAUUUGACAGGUAUAAACCAAUAUUAAGAGAAUAUUUAAAAAAUUUAACAGACCUAGCAAAGGCAUUUUUAAAAUCAAAUGGUGAAAUGGAGAUGGAAUUAUUUUCAUCUCAUAUUUAUGUAUUGAUGUUUAAAGAACUUGAAGACUGUCAUCCAACAAUUAUAGCAGAACUCCUUCAACAUGGUUUGAAUUCAAAACAAUGUGUUUCUAGUAUAUUGACAACAUUAAAUUAUGUAUUUAACAUAAAUAAGUCAUUAUUAAAACACCAAAGUCUACAAAUAUUAUCAUUAUUGGAUAGAAUGGAUGAUAUGGAUUUAGCAGAAGUAAGAGCCACAAUGAACUUAUUAUGUGGUUUAGCUUAUGGUAUAGAAAAUUCAUUCAUUAAAGAUGAUAUGCAUAUGAUUAUAAGAAAAGAGUUAAGUAGCUCUAAUCCGAAAAUUAAAGUUCAGGGUAUUCUUGCUGGUGUCCAUGCUGUAAAAUAUUUAAUGAUUGAACAAACUUUGGAAAAUCUUGAGGAACAGUCGCAUACUAAAAAUUCUAAUGCAAUAUGUCAUUUGCCUGAAGGAAAUCUAAAAGAAGCAGCACAAAUAAUAGAACUUAUUAGCCAAAGCAUAAAACAGUUUUCAGAUAUGAUUGCUUUUUUCUAUGAUGAAUUAUCUCAGAUAAUAUCAAUGGCAGAUUAUAUAAACCCACAUUUUUUGUCCUGGAUAACUAAUGCAGCCACUAAUGAUUGGAUUCAAAAUUUUAUUGUGGACCGAAUAGAAAAUGAAAUAAUUACAGGAAUAAAAUUAAUUAUGGAGUAUGGAUUGAAUGAUGACAAUGAAGUAAUUGCUAUAAAUAUAGCAGGUAUAACACUCCAACAUGAUGCAGAAAUCAGUAUGAAUAUAUUAUCACCUUUAUUUCAACUAGUACAGUCUUUACAUUUCAAGCAAAAUAAUGGUGAUUUAUCAAGUAUAGAUGCCUUACUGGGAUGUCCAAUUAUUAUGCCAAAAUUUGAUAUUGACAACAUUGAAGACCUAGAUCAGUCUUUAGUGAGCAGUAUACUAGACUGCUUAAUUUAUUCUGUUAAUUGGUUUAUAGAGCUUGUGAACGCUUUUUCAAUUCAAAGUAAUGAUUCACUAAAAACAAAAACUUUAAAAAGAGUUUUAAACAUAGAAGAGUUACAAUUAAACAUAACUGAAAUAAUUUCAAAAUGUAAGAAUUUAAUAUACAAAUCUCCAACCUCCCUAUUACAUAUCAAGAAGUAUACAAGUGAUUUUAAGUCAAGAAAAAUUACAAAAUCAUCCAAUUACCCACCAACAACUUCAAAACAAAAAAAAUGCCCUGAUAUCGUUGUAGAAACACUGAGAUCUCAAGCAACUCAGUUACCUACAUCUGUCAAAAGCAGAUUAGAUACAUUGAAUAGUAUCUCGUUUCGACAAAUUAAUAUAAAUAUUCUAUUGUUACUCAAAUCUCAAUCAUUUGACAAGGAUUACAAUAUAAAAUUAACCAAUUUUGUUUUAAAAUGUGGCAAUGACAUUUUGCAAAGGACAAUGUUAUCAAAAAUUAAAAAGAACACAUUUUUGUGUAAACAGGAGAGUUUUGCAUAUGAUCCUAAAAAAGCUCUAGAAUAUGCAGAAAAAGUAAAUGAAAUACUACCCAUAGCAAUGGCACAUUUAGAGACUAUUACAAAAUAUCUUCAAAACAAUAUACUUGAAAAUCAAUCUAAUGAUAACGAAAUAAUUUAUACACCAGAACUUAUAAAUUAUAUCACAGGCUUAGAACAAAUCUAUAAAAUGCUCACUACACAUUUUAGAUGGAUUGGAUUUAAAAACCAUCAUAAUGCAUUAUUAAAAACUUCCUUAAAAAAAGUUGUUAAUUCAAACAAUGACAAAGCACCUCUGAAGGAUAUAUUACUUAAUGUUGCUAAUGUGUUUAAAUAUCACAAAAAAUAUUGCCUGCAGCUAUCAACAGCAGUUUCACUAGUGGAAUUGUUGAAUUCUAUCCAAACUCAUUCGAAUAAUCAGAAUAUGCUCCAAAUUGUUAAAGAAUUGUCACACAACUUUUUAUCGCAAUCAUGGAAAACACUUGAUGGAGUACCAGAGAAAGGGUUAACUUUCAACCAAAACAUAGACUUUUUGGCUUCGAUCUAUUUUAUAAAUAAUGAAAUUCUUGAUCUCAAAACAAUGAGUCUUGAAUUAGCACAUGAUAUAAAGUUACUAGAAAGCAAAAAUGAUACGUUACGUGGCUUAAAAUGCAUUAACAAAGUCAAUUUUCCAAUAAUAUUUAGAAACUUGGGAACUGCCGUUUUUGAAGCAGCAAAAAGGCGUUUGGAUAAAGGUAUGACAAAUGCAGAACAUUUAGUGCUAUGGAGAGAUAUAGCCGACAUUUUAAAAUCUAUGACUGAAAUUGUAAAAACUCAAAAGAGCAAUAGUUUAACAGCGUUCUUUAAAAAUUCGAUGCCAAUUUUAAGACUGUUUACUUUACAAGGAAUCCCAAUUUUAAAAUUAGAAUUUAAAAAUCAAACAGAUGAAGUAUUGCAAAUUUUAAAAAUCCUGCAACAGUCUACUCGGUUUCUACAUUCUCUUUGUUGUCAUUCUAGACUGAAGAAAAAUAAAGCUUUAUUAAACAAGGUACCUUUUGUAAAAAAAAUACUAGAAACUCUUAUCUAUCAAGUGAAAGCGGCUCUUGCAGCCAAUAACUGUUCAGAAGCAUUUUGGAUGGGAAAUCUCAAAAAUAAAGAUAUUCAUGGAGAAGUAAUUGCUUCUCAAGAAAGUAUUGAUGAAGAAGAAUCCCUCGAGGACGGCGACGAACAAUUAUUGUCUGAUGAUGAUGAUUGUGACAACAUUGAUGAUGAGCUUUUAAACCCUGAAUCUAAGAGUUUAAGUGAUAUUAUCUAG